AUGUUGUUGUGGCUGGUUUUGUUCCUGCCUUCCAUCUCCUCGGCUCAGCGAUCAGAGCCCAUGUUCUCAGCUAUAACCAAGACCGUCCUCCCUCCCGACUAUGACAACAACCCCACCCAGCUCAACUAUGGCGUGGCCGUCACCGAUGUGGAUGGGGACGGAGACCUGGAGAUUUUUGUAGCUGGCUUCAACGGCCCGAACCUGGUGCUAAAGUACGACAAGCAGAAGAAAAGGCUUGUCAACAUCGCUGUCGACAACCGUAGCUCCCCAUUCUACGCCCUGAGAGACCGCCAAGGCAACGCCAUCGGAGUGACAGCGUGUGACAUCGAUGGAGAUGGUCGGGAGGAGAUUUAUGUGCUAAACACCAAUAACGCAUUCUCUGGUCGAGCAACAUAUUCUGACAAGCUGUUUAAGUUCCGCAAUGGACGCUUUGAGGAUCUGCUGAACGAUGACAUCAACGAACACAGAGAUGUGGCCAACCGUAUGGCUGGGCGCUCAGUGGCCUGUGUGGACAGGAAGGGUUCAGGGCGUUAUGCCAUCUACAUCGCCAACUAUGCCAGUGGCAACGUGGGCCCUCAUGCUCUCAUUGAAAUGGACGAGGCAGCGAGUGAUCUUUCACAGGGCGUCAUUGCCCUGUCCAACGUGGCAGAGGAGGCCGGUGUCAACAAAUUCACUGGGGGGCGAGGUGUUGUGGUGGGGCCCAUUGUCAGUCAAUCCCUGUCCGAUGUGUUUUGUGACAACGAGUACGGUCCCAACUUCCUGUUCAAGAACAAUGGAGAUGGAACAUUUACUGAUGUGGCGCAGCAGGCUGGUGUGGAGGACCCCAUGCAGCAUGGCAGAGGGGUUGCUCUGGCAGACUUCAACCGUGACGGCAAGACAGACAUCGUCUACGGGAACUGGAACGGGCCUCAUCGCCUUUACAUGCAGCUGAAUAACCGCAAACAGAAGUUCAAGGACAUAGCAUCCCAGAAGUUUUCUAUGCCGUCACCGGUUCGCACCGUCCUGGCCGCUGACUUCGACAACGACAACGAGAUGGAGGUCUUCUUCAAUAACAUUGCCUACAGGGGCCCCUCCGCCAACAGGCUCUUUAGGGUGAGCAGGAGAGAGCAUGGAGACCCCCAGAUAGAAGAGCUGAAUAUUGGAGAGGCAGCAGAGCCUGAAGGACGGGGAACCGGAGCUGUAGCCACAGACUUUGAUGGUGAUGGGCGUCUGGAGCUGCUGAUAUCUCAUGGUGAAAGUGCAGCUCAGCCUCUCUCUGUCUACAAAGUCAACCAGGGGCUCACUAACGCCUGGCUGCGGGUGAUUCCCAGAACCAAGUUUGGUGCUUUUGCCAGAGGAGCUAAGGUGGUGCUGUACACUAAAAAGAGCGGCCCGCACACACGGAUCAUCGACGGUGGCUCAGGGUACCUGUGUGAGAUGGAGCCGGUAGCCCACUUUGGCCUUGGUAAGGAUGUUGCCACCAAUGUGGAGGUGUACUGGCCAGAUGGUCGUUCAUCAGCACGACCCCUGGAGCCUUCAGACAUCAACACAGUGAUGGAGAUCCACUAUCCGAGAGACGAGGAGGAAAUCACUCCUACUGUGGAAAUAGAGUGCGGUCAUGGGUUUGCUCUGAAUGAGAAUGGCCGCUGCACAGAUAAAGAUGAGUGUACCCAGUUUCCUACUGUGUGCCCCUCUGACCGCCCCAUCUGCACCAACACCUAUGGCAGCUAUAAGUGCCGCGCCAAGAGGAGAUGCAACCAGGGCUUUGAGCCCAACGACGAUGGGUCAGCCUGCGUGGCCCAGGUGGCUUACUUUGGGGGAACACGGUCUUCUGGGGAACGCAGACGGUCAGGACUUUCUUACUGGAUGCUCCCCAUCUCCGUGCUACCACUCGUCUCCACCCACCUCCAGACUGGACUACUGUAGCCAACACUGUCUGCUCCCCUUCCUAACACUCUCCACUGCUAAAUGGGGGAGUACAGAAACUCUUUGGAGAACACCUUUCACUGAGCAUCUACUCCUUCUUCUCCUAUGUGGAUCUCUGCUAUCUUUUUCCAUCUGUUAUUUACAGCUUUGCCCCCUCCUCACUGCCGCUAUGUGUCUAUGUACCUCUUGGCUCCCGGCCCCUUCUGGACUAUAACAAAACACACAGCAGGGAGCAUGCUCGCUGGGAGCGACGGGGUUCAGAACUAACUGUGUCACACCCGCACAGCCCUCAUGUCAUCACCUGGCACUUAUCUUAGUGGGACCUGAACUGAGGCCAAGUCAAUAAGUGGAGCAGCGUACAGUAAACUCUGCGCAUACAGUACAGUAGACCACCUUCAUUAGAGACCCGCUGAGAGCCCAUCUGUGUCUGCACAACGCCACCACGUUAAUCUUUACAAUGUCAAUCUCAUUCUUGUUAUGGGCUCACUGGGAGGCUGAGGAACACCAGGUCUCCAAGCUUUUAGGCUCAGUGUUUGUGUGUGAGUAAGUGUGUGUGAGCGUACAGCGUCCAAAGAGGCAGUCGGGUAGAGAACAUACGCCAGACCAUCUGUCGCCGAUGGUAGGUUACAUUUUGUUGCUUAUGAAUAAUACAACAGCACAGUGAAGAAUAUAAACACACUUGUAUGUGUGUGUGAGCACAAUAAUUGUCAGGGACAAUUGUAAUAUUUUUAAGUAAAUAGCAGUAAGGUGUAGAUGAAACGCAAUUUACUAAGCAAAGUUAAAGCAUUUGCAAAAUAUUGCAGAACUGUAUAUUUUAAAUGAGUGUCAGCUUUAAAUAUUUAUUGCAAAAAGUAAUCCCCCUAAUUUGUUGCCAUCUAAAAAAACAAUUGGCUGGUUAGAAUAAUGCGAAGACAAAAGGGAGAGGGUGUGGAUUUUCAUGGACCAUUACUUUUUUCUUAAAUAAGAUAUUUUCUACAACAUAAUAUACUUUAACUGAUGAGGCUGGUGAUAUUUCAUAUUUUUGUCGUCAACAAAUUAAAUGAAUAGACAAAAAUCAAUGAUGCGCGAGUCAGUCUUCAGAAUGUCUUUAAAACAGCUGGGGCAGUGUAGUUAAAUAUAAAUAAAAACUUUUGUCCAUCACUGUAAUGUAAAGCGAUCGCUGUUAAUGGUAAAGCCCGGGGGCCUCAUUUAUAAACGGUGGCGUACGCUCAAAAGAUGGCGUACGCCAGUUUCUACGCAAUGUUUGCGAUUUAUAAAAAACAAACUUGACGGGAAAAUGUGCGGUCCUCCACGCAAACUCUGACCCAUGCAUACGCACUACGCACAAAAACGCGAGGGACGACAAAGUACGACACCAUGGCGGAAGAAAGAAUGGAGAGAAAUAUGUGGAAAUAAUACCAUAAAUAUAAUAUUACCUCUCAUGUAUCAUACAAUAAUUCAUUUGCAAACAUUGAUUAAACCCAAUCUUAAAAUUAUUAAACAAACUGCGACUCCUCAGUGCACACAAAAACCUAACUUGGAGAAAUAAAUAAGGAUAUGUUAUUGAAAACCACCUCGAAUAUGUUGUCUUAAUGUUAUGACAUUUAUUCUCAUAAAUGAUGCGGUAUGCAUAAGGACAGAAUUACGUCUAAACUGAGGCCGUUUUGUAUUAUAGGUUGUAUACGAGAAUGGUUUUAUAUCAUGUUUAAUCAUGUUUUAUGCCGUUUGCUAAGACUUGAUAAGUCGCUCAUAAAACACAGGAGGUAUGGAGACUAAGAGCACCAUAUAUUUGGUAGAUUUGUCAGCUGAUAUAACUCAACACAUUAGUUUUAUUUCAUUUAACUGGUGAUAGAGUUUCUGCGGGGCUGAGACGCACAGGCUGCAGUGGAGACGCUGCGCAGCUGAUCGACAGCUGGAACACAAACCACCAAAUAAAAAAAUAAACAUGAAUCGACUCCACUCCGCAGGGA